AAUCCCUAACCAGUUUCCAGCACGCAAAGCGCUUGCUUGGUAUGUUGUGUCCCGUUUAAAGAAAAAAAUCGCAAAUGUCGGCAUUGUGCCCCAAAUGAACCCGCGCCCUCUCGCUAGUGGUGUUUCAGUGCCCCCCUUCACCUCGAAAAUAUGAAAUUACCUUCCAAUGCCGGACCUUUAGUGCAUUUUAGCGUUCGCCUCAACGCCUUCUGUCAAACGUAGCGGCUGCAAAUGGCGUCAGAUAAUGAAGCUUCUUGUGAAAGUGAUCCGAAUUUCGCCGUUAUUUGUGCGUUCAUGGAGAAAUUCGGGACGACAUGCGGCAUACAAAGCAUCGACUUCUUGGAGCUGCAGGAGAUGCUCGAGAACACGCAGGAAGUUCCACAAGAACUAAUAGACCUCCACAUCAAACUUCUCCGUAAAUCAAGGAAAACAGUCUCCAACGAACGUUGGGAGAAGGCAGUGAUAAAGUUCUGUCAUACCUUUUGUGUCCAGGAUGCAUGGGAGAUCGAACGAUUCGGAUACAAGAAAGCGAGGCUGUCGUCAAAGCUGCGAGUUCUUAAAGAACUCUUGGAAAUGCAGUUCGAUUAUAAUGCGCGCUUCAAAGCCGAAGUCAACAAAAUGUCAGCGGAGGAGUUGCGCUCUCAGCCGUUGGGUAAGGACAAACAGGGGCACGCUUACUGGUUUCAGAACGACAACAACUGUCAGAUACGCGUGUACAAGGAGGAUCCCGACGAGGAGACCUGGACUUUGGUGGCAAAGGAUAGAGAAGGCCUAGCUUCAUUAAUAAGCGAACUGAGCGAUGGCGAUUCAAAAGUGAGUUCAGAAUCGGCCACCAACGAGGAAGACAGCAACAGUUUAGCCGAGAAACCUAUAAUAGACACCGGUCAAGUGGACUCGUCCUCGUCCGACUCCAAUAAAAAAAUCUCCGGCGAUUCCGAAAGCUCGAACGAAUCGAAGGAAUCGACGAAAAAAGAAGAUAAUAACAUAUCACCCCAAGAAGAAGGCGACGCCGCAACCGACGAAGAAUCACCAGAAGAAUCACCCGAAGAGAAGGAAACCAAGAUGGAGAGCGAAGCGUCGACGAACCCGAAACGUCCCAGAGAGAGCGACGAGGAACCGACCGAAUCCAAGAAGCCGAAGCUCGAAGAAGAAGCCGUGGUGAGUGAGGCGAUAGAAGAACCCGUGAUGAUAAUCAAGGGCGAGGGCUCGGGGGCGGAGAACCAGGCCGUCAGCCCGAUCGUCGGCGAAGAGGUCGAGGAAGAUCUGAUGUUUUUUUACGGCGAAGGUGACGGCGAGGAGUGCCAGACGGGGAACGAGGACAAGAACGCGGAGCAGAGCCAGCCCGAGGGCGGCGAGUCGAAGAGCGGUGGUGGGAGAGACGCUAGUGAUAGUGUAGUCAGUAUUAGUGAUUCGAAGAAUUGCGUCAACGACGAAGUUCCUACAUCUCCUGUAAAAAGUCCAUACAAAUUAGGUACCAUUAUCGACACGAAGACUGACAAUAAAUUUUUUAGUACAGUUAAGAGUCCGACGAAGAAAUCGCGAUGGGACGUGGACACGAUAAUCGCGACGGACGCGCCGGAGUGCGGCCGCGUCAAGGAGCUCGUCACCAAGUGGGAGCAGGCGAACGACGACGAUAAGGAGGCGGACACGCCGAAGAAGUCGAUGUUCUUCUUCGGACCGGGCUGUCUCCAGUUCAGCCCGGCGACGGUGGGCUUCGGCCAAAAAGUGCCUCCAGAAAAAAACGAAAGCCUGGAAGUCCUGCCCGACAAGGCGAAGGGGGACGUCGGGUAUAGGAUAGGGGAGGACAAUAAGGCGGAAACCAACGAUUGUGUUCAGUCCGGCGCUGAAGCGGGACCUUUAGUUAGUCAAGUCGAUAAUGAAGAAACACCAGUAGAAUGUAAAGUAGAUAAGUUAGACAAUGAAGUAAGUACUGCAGGUGAUAAUCUAGGUGCAGCUAGCGAAGUAGAACAAACCAAAGUUGAAGAAGCUAGAGGUAGCGAAAGUCGUGGACCAAAAGGUGACUCUGAGGCAAACGAAGAACAAGUCAGAAACGAAGAAACAGACAUACAAGCAGCUGUGGAAGAACAGAUAGUCACAGAAAGCGACGACGCAGAAGAAAGUCGCAGGAUACCUGAAGUCACCGCCGCUUUGGUCGACUACAAAGAGUCUCCACAAGACGCCAAAAACGAAGAAAGUGAACCCGUGGUCGCUGAAUCCACCUCGGAUCCGGUGCCUGCAGUUGAAGAACCAUGCGUCAAAAAACACGCUUACGUUCUUGGUGAAGAAACGACGGAAGCACCAGUUGCCGAAGAACCAACCGAAAACCACGAAGUUGAAGAAAGUGUCCAAGAGACAGAGAAUCGCGAAUCUGAAGAAAAAACAGAAGCUGUGAUCACUGAAAAAGAAACACUAGUUAUAGACAAUCCGGCAGAAGUAAGAAAACCGGAAGAAGAAGUCUCGAACAUUGACGAAAACGAAAAUAAACAAGUAGUAGCUGAGUUGAAGAAUGAAGAAAAUCUAGAAUCAAUUAAAUGUGAUCGAAAAGAAGAUGAUGUUUUAGCGAGUAGCGAAACCGGUCCGAAAGAAGAAAAAGUUUCGGUUCCGGAAACUACCGAAGUUUGUACAAGUUUAUCAAAAGAAAGCGAAAAUUCUACCAAAGUGGAAGCGACCACCGAAAUUGAAGAAACAAAGGAAGCCGUGCCGAAAACAAACGACGAAGUAACUCUAGAGGUCGACGGAAACGCCCCCAAGAGUGAAACUGUAGAAAAAGAAGAUCCAGUUGAAGAUCAAAAAGAAGAACACGACGCAAAAACACCAGAUUCUGUAGUAGAAAAACCGCCCGAAACAACACCACCAGAAGUUGAAAAUCCGGUUGAAGAUAAAGCUACUGAAAACGAGUGCAAAACGGAUACGAAUACAAAAAACCCUCAAAUAGAAGAAGAAGAAAAACCAAGUUUAGACGUGAUAAAAGAACUUCCGCAGCCGGAAACUGUACCAACAGAAGAUAAAAAAUCCCCCGCAACAAAAGAAAGCGACAAUAAAGUCCCCGAUAAACCGGAAAAGCCAAAGAAAGAAGCAAUCGUGUAUCUAAAAAACGAAGAUAAACUUAAAGUGGACGAAAAAUGUAUGAAAGAAGAAAUCAAAGAAGCGACCGUUGUUACAAAGCGCGGCCGCAAAAACAACUCCGACCAAAGUGCUGAACCUCGCGUUUUCACAAGACGUUCGACUCGAUCUUCAAAAAACGAAGAAUCGGGUGAAGACAGGCCGCUCGAAAUUCCACCACCGACGAGGAGAGGCCGCCCGCGUGCCAACCAAAAGUCCGGGAAAGAAGAAGAAGGAGACUCGAGCAAGAAAAUGAAGCUAUCGAACGAAGAAACCCAAAGUGACCCGAAGCGAACGCUACGCAGCCAACAAAAAGAGGAGCCGAAACCGGACGAAGCACCCGAAAAACCGAAGGAAGAGGUUGCGAAGAGCGAAGAUACGGAAGAGACGACGGCGGAAGUGGAACAACCGAAGCCGGAAAAAGAAGAAAGCUCGCCUGGGUCGGCCGACGUCACUGAAACCGUGGUGGUGGAGAGCAGCAGCAGCAGCGACGUGGUAGAAGUCACCGAUAAAGAUCCGUUAGAUGGCGAAAACGCGAAAGAAAAGAAGAAACCGAUGUCGUUGGCGACGUUCUCGCUCGAUUUUAACGAAUCUCCGACUCCGAUGCCGCUUUUGACUAGACGCGGCUUGAGGAAAAGAGGGCGCGAAAGUCCGCAGAAUUCCGAAGAAACUGAAGAAACGGCGGGGAAACGUCCGAAAAUGAAGGCGAAACGAGCCGCCGAUAUCAAACUGCGGAAAAGUAUAGAAGAACAGAAGAAGAAGGAUCUUAUUAGUAGCGACGACGACAGUAAGGGAGAACAGGCCAAUAAGAGUGAAAAGAAGAAACAUGCGAGUCGGGACGACGAAGAGGACGAAGACGCGAUCGUGGUGAGCAGCGAAGACGAAAAGGAAGUCAAAAAGAAGAAAAAUAAGAAAGCCGUGAAGAAUAAAAACAAGAGGAUAUUGUCGAAUUUGGGGAUCGAUCUUCAACAGGCCUUGGAGUUAGGGCACGAACAAGUUGGGGUGAGACAGUCGAGGAGGAUAGCGCAGCUGAAGAUAAAAGAAGAAGCGGAAAGAAGGAAGUUGGAGGAGGAGAUGGUGCACGAGACGGAGCAUACGAAGAAGAAGAAAUUCAAGAAAAAAGACAAAGACAAAGACUACAAAGUGAAGAAGUCGCAGUUGGAAAAGGGCGACGACGAACCGGCCGAAGAUGAUAGCACCGACUCGAAGAAAAAAAAGAAGAAAAAGAAGAAGCACAGGUUGUUCGACGAAUUGAAUCCGUGGAGGUCGAGCAGCGAUUCGAGCAGUUCGAACGAAGAAGAAGAAAUGGGGGAAGAAGAGGAGGAGGAAGAUGAAGAUGUGCUUCAGUACGUUUCUGAUCACGAGUUUUCGCCAGAGAGUGACAUGGAAGGCGACGGCGAAGCGUUGCCUCUGAAAAGGGCACGUACUGCUCGUAAAGAGUCGGAUGUAGAGGAAGUCGACGACUGCCCGUGUCAGAAAUGUGGUAAAUCCGACCACCCUGAAUGGAUUCUACUUUGUGACAACUGCGACAACGGUUGGCACUGUUCGUGCCUAAGACCGCCCCUUUUGGUAAUACCAGAAGGUGAUUGGUUCUGUCCGCCAUGUCAGCACGCAAGCUUACUCAAAAAACUGCAAGAGAAACUAAAAGAAUACGAUAAAAGAUUAAACAAAAAGGAAAUCGAAGAUCGGCGUAAACAACGCUUAGCUUAUGUUGGUAUCAGUCUCAAUAGCGUCCUUCCGGCUAAAGAUACCGAAAACAUUAAAAAGCGACGUCGCCUUAAGAAAGCUAAGCACGAUGACGACGACGACGACGACGAUGACGUAGAUGGCGAAGAAGCAAGUAGUGAGGAAUCCGAGUCCGACUCUGCCUCUGAUUCUGAAUCAGGGAGCGACUCAGACGAGCCGAUUUAUCAAUUACGUCAAAGGCGCCAGGCUCACAGUUACAGGUUUAACGACUUCGACGACUUGAUUAAUUCCGCGAUUCAAGACGAAAUGGAUGCGGUGAAGGGGGCCGGUAACCAAGGCAGGGGUAAGGAUAUAGCGACGAUAGUGAACGCCGAAAAGGAAGAAGAGAGGAAGAAAGAGGCGGAGGCCGAGGCAGAAGUCGAAGUCGAGGCGGAAAAGGAGGGAGAGCCUGUGGAGUUGGAACCUUUACCGCCUGUGGUGCCUAUUAACGAAAAAGACAAAGAACCGAAACCGCUAUUUGGUGAAGACCCCAUCGGUAAAAAGAAGAUCAUCGGAAGAAAGAAACACAGGAAAUUGAACGCGCUUGAUAUUAGUAGCGCGGACGAUGACGAAGAUUCGGAUGAAGAUUUCAAAGGGACGAGUAGCGAGUCGGAUGAUGAUUUCGACGAGGAACUAGGGAGUGACGAUAGCGAUGAUUUGGACGGCGGGCGAAAUAGAAGACGGGGGGCUGAUCCGGUUAGACGAUCCACGAGGGCUAGAACUUCGAGAUAUGACGCAGAUUUCAUUGACGACGGUGACAGCGACAGCGAAGAUCACGCGCCUCGACGCAAGAAGAAGCGCUCGAUUUGGGACGAGACCGAAUCCGAGGAGAGCGACCGCUCGUGGGGUCGCAGAAAACGAAAACCGGCUAGUCGCUCCAAGAAGCCCACAAGCACUUCAAAGAAGAAGAAAUCGAAGAAAAAGAAAAAGCACGACUCGGACGAAGAAGUGUACAAGAAGAAGAAACCGAAGAUCAAGUUUGGUUUGGACGGGGAUGACGACGGUCCCGUUCGGAGGACGCGCGGGAAGAAAAUCAACUACGUGGACGCUUUAGGGUCGGACAGUGAUGAGGAUCGAGUCAAGAGACCUCCGCCUAGGAUCGAGAGCGACGAAGAGUACGUUGCGAACGAAGACGAGAAAGUCAGCGAGGACGAAGGCGAAUCGGGGGAGGAAAACAUGAUGUCGAAGCCUCCGAAAAUCCAGAUUCAGUCCUACACGGAUGCCAGGUUUACUCAGUUGUUGCCGGAACCGAAGGGUCAAGGUUUGGAUGAGUGCGAGGGGGAGUUGAACCCGAUUGAUCAAAUCAAUAGGAAUGUGGAGAUGAUGGACGAAAACGAGAUGGAGAAAAUGAUGGAGGAGGAGGAGUAUGCGAAUAAACAGUUGCAGAUGGUGGCGCAGCAGUUGGAGAAGGAGAAAAGGAGGAAGGAACGGGAGGCGAAGAAGUUGGAAGGGGGUUUACCGGGUCAGUUGCAGUCAGAGCAGAAGAAGAGGAUGAUGAGGAAACAGAGAGAUCAGUUCCAGUUCAGUGGGUCGAUGCAGGAACCUCUGGUGGGUAACGUCGAUAGUUUAAUUAUCAAUUCGGAAAACAACGACGAGCUGUCGGAACCACCGGGAGUUUCUUUGCCUUUGUUUGCCGAAUUGGGGGCUGGCGGUGGCGACAUGGAAGAAACGGUAAAGAAACGUAGAGGAAGGAGUAAAAAGACUUUGGAGGAGACGGUAGCGAAUCUAGGCGGUACGAGAUUGCAGGAAGGGGCAGCGUUUAUGGCGAUGGGUGGCAAUAAGAUGCAUCCGACGGACUUAUCCAUGCCUCAAGAGAGUAACAUCGAAAUAGCCGCCCCUCCACAACCUUUCUCCCAGAGUCAACCUACCCCAUCUGUGAUCACCAGGAUGUUGCAAAGCAAACCUGGACAAGCUGGAUACCCAGUGGGUACUAUUAGACCUAAGCAAUUCGCCUCGAUGCCUGAUAGAGACGAGGACGUCCACCAGCCCAUAUCUUCGGCGGCGGCGCACCCUGGACAAUACAUUCAAGGUGCCGGCAUGCGGCCUCAGAUGUCUAGCCCGUACCGGCAGAUGGCGCCAGCCAUGAACCACUACCCCCGCACCGCCCCUCCCCCUCCUCAACUCCGCACCCCCGUCCCGCACUUGUACCACCGCGCCAUGGACCCGUCGCCGUCCGGCGGUGGCAUCGCGGACCACAAUUCGCCCGGGCGCGUCGUCUCCCCGGCCUCCAGCAGCCCAGGGAGCAACAAAAACGAGACGCCGCCGCCUCCGUACUCGCGACCGCCGGCAGCCGCGCCCCCUGGGGGCCGGUUCCCGCCGCUCGUGACGACCAGCGCCGGUGCCAGGCACAUCCAGCAGAUGGUGCCGCCGCCCCACAUGCAGCCGCCGCGGCCGAACCUGUCGCCGUACCACCCGGGCAUGCCGCCGCAGUACCACUACGGGCAGUUCGGCCAGGAGGACGCCCUGCCCCCGACCAUGUACCAGAAUUCGCCGUACUCGGAGCCGUUCGAGGGGCAGGCCAACCCCUCGGAGAACAGUAACAGUAAGUCGUUCGAGGAGGAGUCGGGGGGCGAGUUCGGAGGGUUGGUUUCGUACUUUUCGAGUCAGCGGGAGGAUGACCUGGAGUCAUAAGGACUUUGCGAACGCGUGUGUAGCCAUUUAUUAAAUUAUUGAGAUUUGUAUAACGUUUUUGGUACCUACCUGUGGAAUUUAGUGGGGGUUUUAUAUCAUUUUUUCGAUUUAAGAAUUAAAUUAUAUUUAUAAUGUACAGAAAUUAGUUCUAAUUUUUAUAUUAAUAUCAAAUAGAUGUGUAAAUAUUUGUAUAUAAAAUAUAAUAACUAGACAAUUCAAUAACGCUAGUAUUACUACUAUGAUAUAAAGAAUGGGUGUUUUUAAUGUGAUGUGUAUAUUCCUUACAUAGUGUAUACAAGAAGUUUAUGCAUUUUUACCUAAAAGCUUAUUUUUAUUUAAACAGAGUCUAGCUUCCAGUGUUGCUACUAAAAGUGCGACGUUUUUCUCGAAUGACGUUCGGUCAUGUUCGGAAACUGUGACGAAUGAACGCAUUUCAGCCCCCUUUCUUUUUGUUAUGAUCGACUUAAGUCAGUCAGAGUGUAAACGUUAGUUUUUGAAUUGUAAAGCACUUUAUUUACGAGAAAUAAAAAGCGAGUUUUGGUUUA